AUGUGCUUAUUUACGCGCAAAAUACUGGACGACAGUGUCUCUGAUGGUUCCUUGGACACCCGGAAGCUCUUGGGAAUGCAGCCGACUCUGUAUGAAGUAGAGCGCAUCGCCGGUUUGUCGUCUGCUAUUGCAGAUAUAGCAUCUCUCGUCUUCACCAAGUACGAUGGCAAGUGCCACGUGCCACUCAAUAUCAUACUGGAUCUUCCAACCUGGCACUACUAUCAGAGCAUUGAGGACCGACUUCAACACAGGGGCUAUAAGCCAAGUGAGGUGAUGGAUUGGAUUGAAGCAAUUAUGCUCCGCAGUCGGCAGUUGGCGGGGAUACUUAAGAGCGCAGUCCUGCACAAGCUGGAUAGACGCGGUGUUCCAAGCACGCGGCGUCUCUACGAUAUCCAAACUUCUCCGGGAUCAGCCUUGGUCAAUGACGCUUUCCGAAAAGCUCUCAAAUAUGAAAAGUUACCAUGCCUCAAUGAUAUCCUUGAGACUCUUAGCAGCAGCCAAGAUGGCUCAUGGCGGCAAUUCUACUCGCUCCUUCCCGACGGGGACAAACCUCAGUCUAUCAAAGAUCUAAGCCAUCUCUUCUACGUUUUUGAGGUUGUCCGUCCAUUGGUCAUCAGUGUUGAUGAUCGUUCGGAGCGUAAAAUAUAUUCAAAAGCCCACAGCAUCUUCCUUAAGCUCCCCAAACGUCCAAGUUUCCUGGCCGACCCCACGUUGGUCCAAGUGUACACGACUCGCCGGAUUUUUAUUGACGGGAACAGAAAAGGCGAGCGCCUGUACUGGAAUGAUCCCAGCCCAGUGAUGCCCGUGCUAAGCGAGGGUAAGGCCUAUGGUGAUGGAGGUGAUGCUGGGUACAGCAAGUACGCCAGAGAGCUUCAGCAAACGGACUUCAUUGCGAAGUUGUAUGGUGCCGAAUGUGCAGCCAAUAUCCAGCGUUGGUCAAAGGAGGUUGGCUUAUGCUGGGGUCAUUCGGUCUGA